CUAGUAAAUAAACAGUGAAAGGGAGCGUUCAUUCAGUGAAGGUUCAUCUUGUUGAAUCGGAGGGUAACGUUAACUGUCCAGGUCCUGCUAAAUUUAAUAACUUCCAACAGAGCAAAUUCAGUCGAAAGAGCACACCCCACACUCACUGUGACGGAGGCAUAAAUAUUAGUUUUGUAGUGAUACUGGCGUGGUUCUUAUUUUCAGCUAAAUCGCUAGCUGGUUGCAGGGAGAGGUCUUUAGAGCUCAAUCAUGGCGGCCUCCUUGCUCAGAAUAGGUCGGCUUGGAUCUCUUAAGGUUCUGCAGGUGGAGAGCUGGAGUGCACUAAGAAGAGCUCCAGCAGUUGCUCUCAGUUCAAAAUCUGGGGACAGCAAGAAGUCGAAAAAGUCCAAUAAAGAAAAGCCCACGACAAAAACAUACUUCGAUAUAGAAAAACUUGUCCAACACAAAUCCUACAUGGAAUUGCCCAAGAAGGAGAAUGCAGCGUUAGCUGCUGCCGCCGCUGCUGCAGAAGCAGCACCUGCUGUUGCUGCCCGUGUGUCUGAACCUGUAAUUCCUGAGACAGUUGCAGCUGCUGCAGCAGCAGUACAAGCUCCAGCUAUUGCCCCUGCACCUGAAACUCAAGCUGCUUCAGCCCCUGCUGCAGAACCUGUAACUGGGCCUGUUGCAGAGCCAGUUGUUGAAGUCGCUGCAACAGUAGCUGUUGCCGAAGCUCCCAUGCCUGCUGCCGAAGCUCCCACGCCCGUGGCACCGGUUGUGUUAGCUGCGCCGGUUGUGGAAGCUGCGCCAGUUGUGGAAGCUGCGCCGGUUGAGGAAGCUGCGCCGGUUGAGGAAGCUGCGCCGGUUGAGGAAGCUGCGCCGGUUGUCGAAGCUGUCACUUCUGAAGUUACAGCUGCAGUAGUGGCUGAUGAAGCUACUGCACUUAAGUCUGAGAUUGGUGCCUCUACAAUUGAAGCAGUUGUCCCUGAAGCCCCAGCUGCAGAAACAUCAGCACAUGCACCAGAACCUGUAGCAGAAGUGGCAGUGCCUGCACCAGAGCCUCCUGUGGAAGCAGCAGCACCUACACCAGAGCCUCCCGUGGAAGCAGCAGCACCUACACCAGAGCCUCCCAUGGAAGCAGCAGCACCUACACCAGAGCCUCCCAUGGAAGCAGCAGCACCAACUCCAGAGCCUCCCAUAGAAGCAGCAGCACCAACUCUAGAGCCUCCCGUGGAAGCAGCAGCACCUACACCACAGCCUCUUGUGGAAGCAGCAGCACCUACACCAGAGCCUCCUGUGGAAGCAGCAGCACCUACACCAGAGCCUCCUGUGGAAGCAGCAGCACCUACACCAGAGCCUCCUGUGGAAGCAGCAGCACCUACACCAGAGCCUCCUGUGGAAGCAGCAGCACCUACACCAGAGCCUCCUGUGGAAGCAGCAGCACCUACACCAGAGCCUCCUGUGGAAGCAGCAGCACCUACACCAGAGCCUCCUGUGGAAGCAGCAGCACCUCCACCGGAACCUGCUUCAGAACCUACCCCUGAAGCUCCUGCACCAGCCCCUGAAGUAGUCCCGGAGGUUGCAGCCCCUGCAGAAGUUGUCUCUGAAGUUGCAGCAGAAGUCCCACCUGCCCAAGAGGCUGAAGUGGCCCCAGUUGUAGAAGCAGUGGUUGAUGCAGUAAUAGAAGCUGCUGCUGAAGCAGUAACUGAAGUAAUAGCUGAAGCUGUCCCCACUAAAGCUGUCGCAGAAGUAGUGGAGGCUGUGGCUGAAACUGUAGCCGAAGUUAUUGUAGAAGCUGCCGCUGAAGUUGUGGCUGAUGCGGCCCCUGCAGAGGAGCUGGUAGACCCUGCUGCCAUUAUAGCAGAUGCUGCUGAAGCUCCUGUUGAAGUUGUGGAAGCGCCUGAGGCUGGUUUGGAUCCCAUUCAGAAACUCUUUGUGGAAGCCAUCCGUGACUACUCCUCAAGGAGCAUGUCUACUGGUGGCCUAGUUGAUGCAGGUCCUGAGUAUCAGAAGGCUCUGGCUGAAGAAAUUGCCAAACUGCAGCGGCUAUAUGGUGGUGGUGACUUGACUUCCUUCCCAGAGUUCAAUUUCCCUGAGCCCAAACUGGAUGAAGUUUCCACCAAGUAAAGAGCCAGUUCCCGACCUCACCCUCUCUCCUGUGCCUAAUUGCAGUAAACGUGUCUUUAGCCUCUGUCACCUGCCUGCCAUAGAUUUGUUACAGAUAUUUUUGUGAACCUUUCGAAGCCUUUUUUAACAGUCAUAUGCAACUAGUUAAUACAUGUAUUGAGUGCACAGUUUGAAAGGGAUUAGCACUGUAGCUGGAAAAUAAUACUUUUUUGGUAGUAGCCAAAAUAAUACUUCUUUGGCAGUAGGGUUUGAAAUGUGUGAGAAGGUUUUCUGUCUGGUCUCUCUGUGUAUCUGACCUUGCUGGUGAUCUAAACUGUGAAAUACAAUUUUCUGACCUUUA